AAACUGCCAGGGGAGAACAGCCAUUUUGCUUGAGUUAUUGGGUUUGGUACAACAACUUGCAAAGGAAUAUUGAUUGAAAAUAUCCUGAAUCUACUUGGUGGAGCUAAAAAGCACCUUUAUCUCCACUGUUUUUCCCUGACAAUCAGAUGAGCUCUGAAACAGGAGAUGACUUUUAUCAGUCAGAGGAUGACCUGGAUGAGGAUGAGGCGACGCAAUACAUAAUUGAACAGAGUCUGAGUCAGUAUAGAAAACUCAAAGGGUUGAAUCCGAGUGAUCUGAAGCCCAGCGCAGACCCUGAUGAGAUUUUCAAAGCUAUCAGGGAGGGGGAUGAGAUUGCACUGGAUAGACUAGCAGAGCAACCUGAGACUCUGUCUAGAGUUGAUGAGAGGGGAUGGAUCCCACUGCAUGAGGCUGCAGUGCAGGAUAACAAAAGAAUACUUGAGAUUAUAUUUUCAGCAUCACCCCCAGGAGCAGCUCAGUGUCGCACUCUGAAGGGUGAGACACCGCUGUUUCUUGCUGUGGUUCAUGGGCUGAGACAGAACGCCACAUUCCUGUUACAGAAUGGUUGCAGCCCAGAUGUUCAAAAUGAUGAGCAGGACUCUCCAUUGGUGGCAGCUAUUCUAAAUGACCAGUAUGACUUAGCCACCCUUUUGCUUCGGUACAAUGCCAAUGUAGACCAAACAGGACCACUAAACAGGACCGCUCUACAUGAGUCUGCAUUUUUGGGUUUGGAGAACUUUGUGUACUUGCUGUUGGAGUCAGGUGCCAAUUUGAAUGCACUUGAUGUUAAAAUAAAAACUCCACUUGCGUUGGCUGCACAGAACGGACAUCUGAAUGUGGUGGAGACUCUGUUGGUAAAAGGAGCCCAUGUUAGGUCAGAGUCGGAGUCUGGUACUGUGUUAUUUGAUGCAGCAGCUUCAGGAAACCCUGAUAUCAUCUCCUUGCUCCUGGACCACGGGGCAGAUCCCAACCUUCCUCUUUACAGUGGGCACCUGCCAAUUCAUCGUGUGGCAUACCAUGGACACAGACUGGCACUGGAAAUCCUCAUCCCAGUCACCAACCUACAGGCUAUCAAAGAAAGUGGAAUGAGUCCACUUCAUUCUGCUGCUGCUGGAGGACAUGUCCAGUGUUUAGAAAUUCUGCUCAAAUCUGGCUUUGACCCAAACUUUAUGUUGCACCCAAGGGUGCGCCGCAGCUAUGACGAUGAGCGCAGGUCUGCCCUCUUUUUUGCAGUGUCCAACAACGACCUUCAUUGCGCCCGCUUACUGCUAGAGGCCGGAGCAAUGGUGAACCAGGAUCCUGUCAAGUGCCUGCAGGUGGCCCUCAGACAGGGCAACUAUGAACUUAUCAACACCUUGCUAAAAUACGGAGCAAAUGUCAACUACUACUCCCGGGUCAACACCACUCACUUCCCCUCAGCCCUGCAAUAUGCCUUGAAGGAUGAAGUCAUGCUGAGGAUGAUUCUGAACCAUGGUUAUGAUGUUAUGCGCUGCUUUGACUGUCCAUAUGGUGACAGUUCUCAUGACUACGCUCCUUGGACAACCUCAGUCAUCAAAGACAUGGUGUUCUGCGAGGUUAUAACAGUGUCAUGGUUGAAGCCCUUAUCUGGUCAGGUUGUACGCAUCAUGCUGGACUACACUGACCAUGUCUCAUUCUGCCCAAAACUGAAAGAGACAUUGCAGCAGCAGAAGCAGUGGCCAGAAAUAUGUCAUAUUCAAAGAAACACACGGAGCCUGAAGCACCUGUGUCGGUUGAGGAUAAGGGAGCACCUCAGCUGUCUGCGCUUGAGAGCCCCAGUUUUUGUCAACUUCCUUCCUCUUCCUCCCAGACUGAAAGACUAUCUACGUUUUAAGGAGUUUGAUGUUUACAGUAGGGGGAGCAUGGUUAGCCUCUGAAGAAGACAAAGUCUAAGAUGUUACUGAUAUCAGGAUGUCUGAUAAGUUCUUGUUACAUUUCUGCUAUUUUACCAUAAUUAGAUCUUAUGACUAAUAUCUUGUAGAGUGAUUCAUUCCUUUUCAUCAGCGUUGUUUUGGGGUUUCCUAAGGACAAAAAGUUCAAUGCAGGCACAAUAAUAUGUGCCUGCAUUGAAUACAUCUGCUUUUAUAGCACUACUCUGUGGUGGAAGGAAGAACUGCAUUUGUGGAAUGAAUUUAAAGGUUUUGUGCACUUCCUACGUUGGCAUUUACAGGUAGGUUUUAAGGGUAAUUCACAUUUCCCAUAUUCCCUCUAUUUUUUAUGAAAAAAAAAACUUUUUUGUGUCAUAAGGUGCCUCUGUUGUUUUAUUUUUGUUUGUAUUUUAGUAUGCAGAGGUCUGAUAAGAACUGCCCUGAAAAAAGGGCAGUAGCUAUGUUUACUCAUUUAAAACAGGCAUAUUUUUAAUGCCAGUCACUACCUUGAUGUGCUCCCUGUUCAUGAUAUUGUUUUUUUUUCUUCAUUUAAGUUAACACAAAUAACGUAUUUAAACUUUAAUUACAUUUCAAGAACACCCAUUGGAAUGUGUAGUUUGACACUAGAAGUACUAGGUUUUUGAUUUCUCCCCAGACUUACUGAUACAGUGCCAAAAGAACCAACGACUCUGAUGGCUCAAAUUAGCAUCCAUUCUUCAAUUGUAAAUGUGGUCGUUGACCGUCAGGCCAGAA